UUAUAUUUUAAAACAGAUUAAGUUAAAAUGGCCGGCAGAAUUUCUUGCGAAAUUGUUUUAAUCUUAACUUAAUAUUUAAAUUUAACAAUAAACUACUUCCUAAAUUAAUUAUAUAGCAUAAUUUUUAACGUUUUGCUUAAUUCCUUUUAUUUAUAUAGUUCGAAUUUGAUAUGUUGUCCUUCAUAAUCUACUGUAACAAAAAUGGCAAGCCACAACUUUUUGCAUAUUCUCUUGCUCUUAUGUUCCUUGAUGAUCAUAAACAUCGGCUGCACGGCCGAGGCUCCACCGGCGGUGAAAGCCGCAUAUUAUCCUUCGUUUUCGCCCGAUGCUUUCCCACCUUCAGCCAUAAACACAUCAUUCUUCACCCACAUUUUCUAUGCUUUUCUUGUGCCAAAUAAUGUCACUUUCAAAUUUGACUUGCCAAAUUCUACGGCUUUGCUCCUCUCCAAUUUCACCACCACUCUCCGCCACAAAACUCCGCCGGUGAAGACCCUUUUGUCCAUCGGCGGCGCAGCAGACGGCGUGGUACUGCCAUUCGUCUUUGCUCGCUUGGCCUCAAAAGCUUCGUCACGUUCACAAUUCAUACAAUCUGCCAUAGAGGUUGCACGUAAGUUUGGGUUUGAUGGGCUGGACCUUGAUUGGGAGUUCCCUCAAAGCCCAAAAGAAAUGAAGGAUUUGGGCCACCUGCUAAAAGAAUGGCGCCACGCGCUCAAGGAGGAGUCCAAAUCCACGGCCCGCCCUCCUCUCCUCCUCACAGCCGCCGUUUACUUCUCGGCCGACUUCUUCUUGGAUGCCGUCCUCCGAUCCUACCCGGCGUCGUCACUGAAAAAGUACUUGGACUGGAUCAAUCCAAUGUGCUACGACUACAACGGGGCUUGGAGCAAUACCACAGGGCCCAAUGCAGCAUUGUGGAACCCGAAUAGUAACGUAAACUCAAUAUAUGGGCUUAGGUCAUGGAUCAAGGCCGGGAUACCCCUGGAGAAAUUGGUUAUGGGCCUGGCCCUCUAUGGCCGGUCGUGGGAGCUCCAAAACCCGAAAAAUCACAGCUUUGGAGCCACCGCUAUUGGGCCAGGCCCAGGAGCAGGGAUGCUGUUUUACCACCAAGUGGAGACGCUACUAAACCAAUCUGGCGCAACUGUAGUGUAUGACGUGGACACUGUAUCCGUGUAUUCGUACAACGGGUCCACGUGGGUUUCGUACGAUGAUGCCUUCACCACGGCCGCGAAGAUAGGGUUUGCUCAGGCCCUUGGGCUUCGUGGAUACUUCUUUUGGGCCCUCAGUUUUGAUAGUGACUGGAAGAUUUCGGCCCAAGCUUCAAAGUCAUGGAUUCUUGACGAAUGAUAAGAUGAAGAGAUCGAAUUCCCUACGGCAAACUCGCAGCUGUUUCAUGUUUAAUAUGUAAAGCAUCGAUUCAUCGAGUGUUUAGAUUAUUGAAAUGAACCUUAAUUAUAUUAUUUGCAGUAUGAAUCUAAGUAGAUUGGAGAUUUGUUAUUUUA